AUGAAACGAAGAUUGUUGCAACAACGUCAACCAUGCUGCCGUUUUCAUCAUCAACGUUCGCCGUUAUUGUUUAAAUUAUCUGACAGAAAUGUAUGGUCAUCAUCAUUGGUCAUUUGGAAAGAUUUCUAUCAACAAGAUUUUUCAAGCCAUACGAUAAGCAGAAGUUCGGAAAGGAGUUUUUCGCAAACUCGAUGGCACGAACAAUUGAAUAAUGAAGAUCAAAAUUCAUCGUCAUCAUCAUCAUCAAUAACAACCUCUCCUAAAUCAUCCUCGGAAUUAAAAGACGGAAAGGAAGUAAAGGAAGGAAAAGAAGGGAAAAAAGAGGAUAAGAAAAAGGCCACUUGGUCGUCUUACUUUAAAAAGUGGGUCACUUAUGGAGCUCUGACAGCCAUUGCCAUCACUUUAAUUAAUCUUCAAGAAUUGAGAUCAGAAGAAACGAGUAUUCAAAAAAUUCGACAAGGUUCAGUGAAUUUGAAACCUUCUUUGGAUCAUGAUCUCAUUUCAAGAGAACGAGAAAUUCAAGAAUUGAAAAAGUAUCUUCCAUUUCUUGAGCAAAAUAGUGCAGAGUUGGUAAAUCCAUCGUUUGUUCUCGUUGUCGGAAGAAUGGGAACUGGAAAAUCGUUAAUUUCUGAAUUAUUAGCAAAAGAAAUGGGAAACAAUUGUAUUCAUAUUCAAUUUCACAAAGAUAUGAAAGAAACUCAAAUUGUAGAAGCAAUUGCAAAAGCUAUUAAUUAUCAUCCAUUUAUGAAUCGAAAUGAUUUACCUUUUUUUAAUUAUGUCACAACAAGCAUGUUAGAAAUUAUUAGACCUACCAAACGAACAUUUUCAGAAAUGACCAAAGUACUUAAAGAUGUCACAAGAAAAAUGUCAGAAGCAAAAGAGGGAAUGGUUCCAUACAUUAUUUUUGACAAUGUCGAUGCAUUAUAUCAACCAGAAGGUUUUAAUUUUCUAAUCGAUUUAUUGGAAUUGGCAAAAGAAGGAUCCUCCAAGAGAUGGUUUGGAUCUGUUUUUUUUACCAAUGAAGUGGGUCUUAAAAUGUUAAAAACUUCACCAAGCCAUUAUUCUAUAACAAAGACGUAUUAUAUUCCUGGAAUUGAGAAGAAGGAUGCCAUGUCAUAUAUUGCUAAACAUUUGAAGAAUGUUGACAAUGAUCCAGAAUCGAUUGCUUCCAUUCUGGUGGAUAAAGUAUGUGGCGAUAAUCUCAAGUCUAUUAUGGAUGUAAUUGCCAAAUUGAAACAGAAUAAGUCUAUCGAGAAAAUUAUUGACGAAUCUGUGCAGGAAACAAAGUAUAAUUUCAGAGGAUUGGAAUUAGGACAAAUUGAUAAGAAUAUUGAAGCAUUUGGUGUUUGGAAUCUGCUUGAUUACAUGCACAAAAAUAAUGGUGAGUGCACCAUCAGUGAGGCCUGUAUUUGUAUUGGAAAUUUUUGUUCCAAACCUCUCGAUCUCAUUGACGAUUUGAUUACAAGAGGCAUCAUUAGUAGCACUCCGAGUGCAUCUCUCACAUUUUUCAAUCGCUCUGUCUUUACUUUAAUUUCUAAGGCAAAAGAGAAGCGACCAGCUGUAUUCAACAAGUUUAAUACUUAUCAACCUAUGGAACGAGUGGUAGAUUUUUAA